AUGCCCAACUCCAAUACUACCCGAGUCUUCUCCCUCAACUUCAUCGGCGACAUAAUGCUCGGCCGCCUCAUCGACCAACUCUGGCCCCAACACGUCGACAACCCCCACGACCACCGCACCAUCACAAACUUCCUCGACAACUACCCCUACCUAGAAUCCUACACCCCCAAAUCCCCCUGGGGCACCGCCCUCCCCCUCUUCCACACCUCCGACCUAAACCUCAUCAACCUCGAAACAGCCGUGACGACCAGCCCCGAGCCCUGGCCCAACAAAGCAUUCAACUACCGCAUGCAUCCCGCAAACGUCGCGGCCCUGCACGAGGCACGCAUCGACUAUGCGAAUCUGGCGAAUAACCACGUCUUGGAUUUUGGGACUGAGGGGCUCGUCGAGACGGUGUGGACGCUCAGGGAGAGUCGGAUUGCAUUUUCGGGGGCGGGGGAGAGGACGAAAGAAGCUGUUUCUGGGACGGUGGUGAGGUUGCCUAGGGUUGAGAAAGAGGGAGGAAAAGUUGCGCGUGCUUCGUCUGUGUCUGCGUCUGCGUCUGCGUCUGCGUCUCAACGCCAAAAGGGCGAUGACAGUGAGAAACAAGAGCACUAUCAAAUCCACAUCUCCUCCGCAUCCGACCACCCCAGUUCCUGGUCCGACAUCCCCACAUUCCACUUCAUCGACUAUACGUCGUCCACACGGCAAUCCCUAAAGUCCCUCCUCACGUCGCCGUCCAGUCAGUCCGCCGCGCUGAAGAUCUUCUCCGUACACUGGGGCCCGAACUACGCCUGGCGGCCCGACAGCCAGAUCCGAUCGAUGGCGCAUUUCCUGGUCGACGAGUGCGGGGUGGAUAUUGUGCAUGGGCACUCGGCGCACCAUGUGCAAGGCGUGGAGCGGUAUAAGGGCAAACUGAUCAUAUAUGGGUGCGGGGAUUUUGUGGAUGAUUAUGCGUUGAAUGAGCAGUUUCGGAAUGAUUUGGGGGGUGUUUGGAGGGUUUGGGUUAGGGGGGUUGAGGGGGAUGGGGAUGGGGGCAAGGUGAAGAAGUUGGGAUUGGAUCGAUUGGAAAUCUUUCCCACGAGGUGUGAUCGGUUUCAAGUGACGUUGUUAAAUAGGGCGGACGAAGAUCAUGGGUGGGUGAGGAGGCGGAUCACGAAGCUUACUGAGGAGAUGGGGACGAAGGUUAGGAAAGAUCUUGGAGAGGAAGGUCAGAUUGUGAUUGAUUUGGAUGUUGAUUGA